GGAGCCCCCCUUUUAAAAUAAAGCGGCGGCGGCACGGCGGGAACAGGCUGGGUGUGUUCUGUGGGGUGGCCUCGCCUCGUUAGGUCUCGCACAUCGACGGCCGGACACAUAGACGGGGCGCCGCAGGAUGCCCGCGGUGAGGAGGUGAGGCAGGCGGGGGACGAAAGGUCGUGAAGAGAAGGAGGAAGGCGGGAGCGGCGCGCCUGAGGGUCUCUUGCCCGCUCCGAGGAUGGCGCCGGUGAGCGAGCAGCUGGAGCCUCAGGGUGCGGAGGGGGACCCCGCCGCCGCGCCCCCCCUACCCGGCCCAUCGGCGGCUGAGGAGCCGCGGCGAGAGAACGGUAGCGAGUGGCGCCCCGGGACCGGCGAGAGUAGGGCCCAGCCCCGGGCGGCGGCGGAGGCCCCCGGGGGCGCGGGCUGCCCCGGGAGCGCGGCUGCGCCGGAGCCCCCCGAGGGCGGCUGGGGCUGGGUGGUGAUGCUGGCCGCCAUGUGGUGCAACGGCGCCGUCUUCGGCAUCCAGAACUCGUGCGGGGUCCUCUUCGUCUCCAUGCUCCAGCUCUUCGGCGGCAGCGAGGACAAGCAGAUGGCCUUCAAAACAGCGUGGGUGAACUCUCUUUCUAUGGGGAUGGUCUUCUUCUGUUCUCCAAUAGUCAGCAUAUUCACAGACUUAUUUGGUUGUCGAAAAGUUGCUGUUGUUGGAGCUGCAGUAGGGCUUGCUGGACUCCUUGCAAGUUCUUUUGUAAGCACCAUUGAACCUCUAUAUUUCACCUACGGAAUCUUGUUUGCCUGUGGCUGCUCCUUUGCGUACCAGCCGUCCUUGGUCAUUCUUGGGCACUAUUUCAAGAAGCGCCUGGGACUAGUGAAUGGCAUCGUCACUGCAGGCAGCAGUUUGUUCACAGUGUCACUGCCCUUCCUCUUGAGAGUUUUGCUCGAUUCUGUCAACCUGUUCAACACCUUGCGGGUCCUGUGCGUCCUUAUGUUUAUUCUGUUCCUGGCUGGAUUUACUUAUAAACCCCUUGUUUCCGACACAAAAGACAAGGCGGGAGGAAAGAAGGGGAAGUUCAAAUUUCCCCCUGGAAAAAAGAUUUGCAAUUUCUCCGUUUUCAAAGUUCUCAGUUACCGAAUCUGGGCUUUUGGGAUCCCAGUUGCCCUUUUUGGAUAUUUUGUGCCUUAUGUUCACUUGAUGAAUCAUGUAAAAGACAGAUUUGGUGACAGUGUGCCAGAAGAAGUGCUUCUGCUGUGUCUGGGCAUUACUUCAGGAGUUGGCAGGUUGAUCUUUGGCAGAGUUGCUGAUUAUAUUCCUGGUGCAAAAAAAAUUUAUUUACAGGUGGCCUCAUUCUUCUUUAUUGGCUUGAUGUCUAUGAUGAUUCCACUGUGCCAUGUCUUUGGAGCUCUCAUAGCCGUGUGUCUCUUCAUGGGCCUAUUUGAUGGAUGCUUCAUUUGCAUUAUGGCUCCUAUUGCCUUUGAGCUUGUUGGGGCUCAGGAUGUCUCCCAGGCUAUAGGAUUUCUACUAGGACUCAUGUCAGUCCCUAUGACAGUUGGACCACCCAUUGCAGGCUUGCUGCGUGAUAAGCUGGGCACCUAUGAUGUAGCAUUUUACCUGGCUGGAGUCCCUCCCCUCAUUGGGGGAGCUAUUUUAUGUUGCAUCCCCUGGGUCCAUGAACGGCAGAAGUUGAAAGAAAGAGCAAAACCUGUUGAUGGAGAAACUACUGAGAAAAUGCUGGAAAAUGAAAGCACUUUGGUGUCAAACACAACAGAAAAGCCAGUCAGAGAACUGGAAUCUGGCAUUUGAUGUUUUCUUUUCCCUAUACCAUCCUGACCUCUACUGAAGUUUGAUUUCUACUUUUUGGCUGAAGAUAUUAUACUACACUGAAGAAGUCUUGAACUAUUGCUCAAAUUGCAAAACUGUUAUAAGAAUCUUUUAUACCAUUGAACUUUCUUGAUGAGUCGUUGAAUUUGAUCUCAAGCCACAUUUUCAAGGUAUUUGAAGUUUUGUAGCUUUAGUGUGUAUGUGUGUAGUGAUUCUGUGUGUGAAGAGAAUAUUUUUCUAAUCCAUCAGAACUGAUUUCUGGAAAUGUGAGAGCUGUUUUUGGUUCACUGACCCAGGAUUCUUCAAUCAUGUCUAUGGCCCAUCCAAUGCAGGCACACCCAUGGGUGUUUAUACUGGAUAAUGUAGUAGCUCUUAUGACUGAUUUGUUUUUUGAAGUUUCUCAUGCUGUUUACAGUCUUUUAUAAUUCUGUAUCGUGAACAUGAAUAUGCAUAUUUUUGAUUCCCUAAACUCUUGAUGAAAUGAUUUUUUCAUUAGAAAACUAAAUUAUUAAACAUCUUUUUUAUUUUCUCUAAAUACCCCAGCCUGUUUAGUUUGCCAAAACGCUCACUUGUGUUUGCAUUCACCUUUCACAGUAGCCCAAACAAAGAAUGUUCAGGAUGAAAUUCUUGGGCUCAAGUUUUGAAUAUGUACAAACUAAGCUCUGAGUGCGAACGUGUUCAGAAGUAAAGCUGCUGAAUUAUAGACUUUUUUUAUUUACUGAAGGCAAUACUAUUAAGAUGCAUGUGUAUAAUGUUUUUUCAGUGAAUCCUCAGAUUAGUUGAUAGUUUUGAAACUGUAAUGACUAAUUCUUUGGAGCAGUAUUGUGAAUUAGACUGAAUUUCAAAUUAUUUUGUUGUACUUGUUAGGGGUUUUUUUUUAUUCUUAAAAACAAGACAGCUUUAAAAGAUACAUUCUAAGUGCAAUACCAAGUUGUUUUUAAUGUGGAAAUAUACAUGAACUAUUAAAACGAAGUUCAUCAAUUAAGGAUUUUUGCACUAAGUGAACAUGCAGAUUGAUUACAGGUCUAUAUAGGUGUGUUCAAUUACCUGUAGGAUAUAGCUCCAUAUUUUAUUCAAAUAUAAAGAAAUGUCUUUGCAUGUCCUAUUUCUUGCUUAACAUCCUAAACAUAUGGCUCCAUUGCUUAUGUAUUCUUAAGUAUUAUACACUGUUUGUCAAGCAGGUAUUUCUGAAAACCUCUUUUUCUGAAAAAUAUUUAAAAGCAUAACACUUUGAGGUGAAAACGCUGCUUUUCAGUUUAUCAUAAAACACUUCUAAGUGCAGUGCUUAUUUGUGGAUAUGGAUCAGCAAUCAAUGAAAUAGUUAAUCAUUCUUUUUUUCAGGUCCAUUCAAUACCAAUAAUUUUUCUUUCCUUGUUUAGAACUGUCAUAGUGAAGAGUAAAUUAAAUGUGAUCUGGACAAAGUGUAUAUUUAAGUGCAUUUUCUUAAUUAGUAACAGUACUUGUUCUUUACACAAACCGUGGAGGCAUACUGUUUUUUUGAAUUAUAGCCUUUAUUGUCUUUGCUAUUUUCAUUUUUUCUUCUCCAGUGUUGUUGUAGUAAAUUGCUCAGAAAACCCACAUAGGUUUGUGAUACAAAACAGCAAUACUAUUGCAUUGAAUGUUUACGUCUAGCAACUGAUGGAAGUUCUUUAAAUAUAAUAUACAGAGCAUCCUAAUUAUUGUAGAUGAAACCUCAGACCCUUUUUCUAUUGCAGACUUUCAAUCCCUACUUUACAUGAGUGAGCUCUGAAUAAUUGAAUCUUAAAAUAUUAGAGGUGUAUAGGGAAGGACUUGGAGGUGGGGAAAAAAACCCUAAACCAAUCUGGAAAACAGAGGUCCCUUCAGGUUCAUAGAUGCAUAGUACUGUUAAUUAAAAUUACUAUGAAAUGCUGCCUUCAUUACAAAAGUGAUGUUAACAGUUGAUGUUGCUCUUGUCUGGAGUGUUUCUGUAGAACAUGUUAUUCAGUAUUAUUUUCCAGUUGGGCAACGCAAAAGGUGUUGUUGAGUAAAUGUGGUAAAAGCCUCUUAUUUCCUAAUGCUUUGUUAUGAAAAAUUAAUGUUCAUCACAGAUCUUGCAUUUCAUGUGUUUUAGUGUUGAGUUUUAAACCAAAAACAAGGCUGCUCUUUAUCACUGGUGCAAUUUGAAAUGAUUGUGACCAGAUAUCUUGAUAUAAUUGUGACAUGGUCCCGACUUGCUGCUCUGUAUCUCUAUAAAUUAUCUAGCAGAGUAUAUAAAGUAAUUGUUGUUAGGUUUUAGAAAUGACACAGAAAUGGUAUAACAAUAAUAUGGAUUAAUUAUUGGCAUGCCCUUUAAAAAUAAAAAUCCAAACUCUCACAUUUGAGUAACGAAAAGCAUUAUAUUGCUCACAAAUACGAAGGACAGCAUUUAUUAAAAAAAACCCCAAACCAAAAAAGCCCAACAAACAAAUGACUCCAGGAGGAGGUACAAUGAGUGAAUAACUGUUUAGGAGUCAUUACUAUGUCAAAACCAGCUAGUGAGUGGGGUAUUAAAUGAGAGGGAAGCAGAGUUAAGGAUAAGGAAGCUAUGCUGGUGUGGCGAAGUGAUGUUGGAAUAAUGAACCUAUUUCUAAUGCCAGUGCUUGUUUUGCAAAAACGCUAAAAUUGGAGAGGCUUCUCAGAGAAGAUAAAGUAAAUUAAUGCAGAAGAAUUCUGUUAUCAUCUUUUCUGUUAGCUUGUAUCUAUGGGGGAAAUGUCCAAUAGAAAAUACUCUUUUUUUGGACAAAAGCAUAAGGAGUUUGUGUCCUAAAGCUAGAUAAGACAUAGCUAAAAGUGAAAAAAAAAAAUUCCAAUUUUUAGUGGUGAGGCCAACCAAUCAUUGAGAAACUUACUGAGAAAUAUACUGAAUUCUGUAUGCCCUGAGGUUUUAAAAAUGAGGUUAGCUGUCUCCCUUUAAAAAACCCAAACAAAUCCAAACCCAAACCAACACAGAAAACCCCCAAAGAAAUAGCUAUUUAUUACAUUAAUGAAAAUGAUUAAAUAUUGUUGAAAUGGUUGCAGUUCUGAAAACUAGGAGAGAAAAGGACUGAAUACUCAAUUUUAUUGUAACUGAAUAAAUGUAAAUAAAUUUUUGUAGCAAUUUAUUUUCAGGUGUGAAAACCUGUUCAUGGGAAGCCUACUGAACUUACAUUUUGAUGACCCAAUUCAUUCCAGACUUAAUUUUGUUGGCUGGUAGAUUCUAAAAUUAAAAUAUUAGCUUAAUUCAAGAAGACUCUUCAAUUAUUCUGAUGUAUCCCUCUCUUGAGAACGGUUCGUAAGAGUACUUUCCCUAGACAUUGCUCUCUCAUUCUAUAAACAGAGUAAUCAUUUUUUUUCCAUUGAAUGUUCUCAGGGUAAGCUUCAGAAGAAAUUCGGUCAAGAGAAGUUCACUUAAAAUGGUGAUGUGAAAUUUCCAGUCCUACUUAAUGCUGUAAUUAAUACACCAGAAAUUAGUCUUGAAACCAAGACUAAUUUUGAGCAAGGUUUGAUAGUCUUCGUGUCUGGCUGACACAUCUUUUCAGUACAUAUGAGAUCCUUGUAAAUCUUAAUAUAGCUGUUCAGCAAAGAGUCAAAUAAUGAAAACCCUUCAGGUUAUUAUUACAUCUAUGCUAUACAACAAUAUGAAAUGAUUAAUUAAUAACGAAAGUAUUGUUGGAUUUGCUUUGGCUACAGUAGAAGACCCAUACAAGUCUCAAACCAAGACUUCAAAUUAUAACAUAAUUAGAAUUGCUUUCAUCCAGAUCUUCUUCUGUUCAGCAUUAACAUUUUAAUUAUUUUUCUAAAUUUAUUUUCAGUGACCAUUUAUUGCCCCUGAAAAUUGUUCCCUCACCUCAAAGAUGCCUUAGGCGUUCUGUGGCCGUUCCUCAGGGUAUAUUUGGUAUCAGAGGUAGACAACGGACAUUUUUCUCCUUUGGUCCUUCACGUCCAAUGUCUGGGCAUAUACAUUCACCCCUGCCCUUCAGAGACACUGGAUUGUCAAACUGAUGCACACCAUAUUGGAUAUGGAUAGUACUUUUCAGCCUUCCUUGCAUUAAAUCUUUGAGUAGCCAUAGCCUGGCAGACCAGCCAAGUUUUGGUGAAGUGAGAGGGGUGAGAUUGGAUCACCUCCCAGGAGCACUGAAGGCAGCUCUUGCAUAUGCCAAGUGAAUGCUUUGAUCACAGGCUUGUGAUGUAAAAAAAAUGGACACUGCCAUUGUAAAGAAAAAAUGCCCUGCUCGAUUUUUUGCAUCAGGUAGUACAUGCCAAAGGGAUGGGAGAUGCUUCCUUGCAGCCCCAAAGGGAGUAUGUCAGGAUGGGAAUCAGUGCUACUAUUCUUACUAUCAUUUGUGUAGUUUAGCUUAAGCAGCUGGGCUCUCCCUGUGCUGGCAUGGAGCAGCUCCCUGCCUCGGGAGCUCACAUGGAGUGGCUCAGCUGUGCCCUCUGAGCAGGGAGCAGAGGCGGUGCCUUGUCUGGGGCCUGGAUUGCCCUUCAGAGAGCUGGAAGUGUUACAGAAGCUGGCAUCUGAAAGGUUGUGUCAGAAGUGACCCUCUGCUAUUAAGAAUGUCUGUGUAUGUAUAUAUCAAUACAAUGUAUUUUGACCAGGGCAUACACAAACUUUCUGCAUUUAACUAGAGGAGGUGUAGCACUGGAAUGUGAGAGAUGGCUGAGGAAAAAGUAAUUAUUUUCAUUGUGUGUCUCACUGUUGACAAGCACAGCACCAUUACAGUUCCAGCCGGCCAGUGAGUUUCCAGCCAUGUAAACUUUGGCAUAUGUUCAGUAUACCCUUUAGAAUAUAUAUAUUUUAUCAACAAUCGUAAUGUUUUGGAACUGCAUAUGCUAAGAUUUAUACCAAAAUGUUUGCUAAUAUUGAUAACUCUGACAUGUUUAAGUAUCUUUAUAGACAUCUUAUUUUGUAUGUUGUUUUUGAUAUUAAAGGAUAUAUGUUUUGCUAGCCUUAACUACAUUCUUUCAAGUUCUGCUUUGUUAAGAGGGUAAGAAAUGAAUGUCUAAUGUUUUUCAUGGUGCUAAAAUAACUGUGAUCAGCCUCAAAUUAUUCAGAAUAAAGAUGGUAGUUCUUAAGUGC